CACAUCUCUUUAGAAAUUCCAUUCCCAUUUCUCCUUCUCUCCUUCAUUUCUUCACCACCCAAACCCAAAAAAUAAAAAUACCACCCAAAAAUAAAUUGAAAAUUAAAAAAUUUUAAUUCCAACCCACCAUUUCUUCAUCAUCUCUCUCCAAAACCCAGAAAUUUUCUCUGCAAAAAACGAACAAAUCAAUCUAAGAAAAACAAACCCAGAAAAAAAAUUAUGGCACAGAAGAGAGAGAAAGAUGAGACUUUGGAGCUAAAAGUACCAUCUGAAACUCCCCUUUCUCUCUCUUGCCCGGAUAACUGCAAAAAACUAACAUCUUCAUCUUCUUCCUCGUCAAAUAAUAAUAAUACCAGGCCCGAUAUAUCGGCCCGUGUAGAUCCGGUAAGCUCUGAGCUAGCCCGACCCAGAUCCAAAAGAGAACCCGAAGGUCGUGAUGUUGAUGAUCAACCCCUGGUUGAAACGACGUUGUUUAAGGAGGAUCGUCGCCACGUAUCCUCCACCGCCACCACGACUACAACCACCACCACCACGACGACGAUAGUAGAGGUGUCGGUAACUACGGUUAAAAAGGCGGUGAACAGGUGUUUGGGUUGCGGGAAACGGGUCGGGCUUACCGGGUUUCGGUGUAGAUGCGGAGAUCUGUUCUGUGCAGAUCACAGGUAUUCAGAUCGACAUGAUUGCAGUUAUGAUUAUAAAACUGCAGGUAGAGAAGCGAUUGCACGGGAGAAUCCUGUGGUCAGAGCUGCGAAGAUCUUGAAGGUUUAGAAAUGGGGUCAAAGUCAGAGUCAAAGGAGAGAGAGAGGGGGGGAAUGAAGAGUUUUCAGCGUUUGGGCUUUAUCGGGUUUGGGUCGGGUUGUAUUGGGUUGUUGUUGAUGAUGAUGAUGGUGGUGGUGGUGGAUAAGGUGGUGGGUGGUUGGGGUGAGGUGGGUGGGGAUGAGGGCUAUUAUUGUCAUUAUUCCAAUAUGUGUUGUGACUUUUUAUUUUAUUUUAAUUUAAUUUUGUACUCUUAUUAUUAUUUGUUUGUUUUUCUUUUUUAGAGAAAAAAAGAAAAAAUAAUUCAAAUUUUAAGUAA